GCUUUAUGAGUAGGUACCUAAUCAAACAACAGUGACUCUGAUCAAAGAAGUUGUUAAAUAUUUAUCCGGAUUAAUAGACUAGAAUUCUAAUAUGAUUGUCCAGACUAUCACCAUUUCAAUACUUUUGGUGGUUGCUAUACAGGCUGACCAUCAAACAUAUCCAGGCAGUGCAAGUCGCCCAAUUUUAUCUGACUCAGAAGCAGCUCAGUAUACAGAAACGAAUUAUUUAGGUGGAUGGAGUCCAGAAAAUAUCAAUACGGUGCAAGCUGAUUACACUGUUGGUAGUGGGCAGCAAUUUUCAUCUGUACAACAAGCAGUAAACGAAGCCAUUAAUGCUGGUGGUACAUCGAGGAAAUACAUUCGUAUUGAACCUGGUACGUACAACGAAAUAUUGUACAUACCAUCUACUAAAGUACCUAUAACGCUGUAUGGUACUGGGAACUCAGGAGAUGUGCAUAUUUACUUUGACCAAAGUGCUCAAACUACUGGUACUGAUUAUGCUAAUACAGUCAAUCCAAACGGAGAAAGAUACAAGAGUGGAGAUCCAGCAUAUUCCAUGUACGAGAAAUGUGCAGGAAAUGCUAAUAUAGGAACUAGUUGCUCUUCAGUUGUAUGGAUCAAUGCAGAUGAUGUGCAAGUUACCAAAAUAACAUUUGAGAAUCCAUCAUCAGCUGCUCAAGCUGUGGCUGUUCAAACCAACGGAAAAAAUAUCCAUUUUGAAGAUGUUCAAUUUCUCGGCUUCCAGGAUACUCUAUAUUUACAUUCAGGUAAAGCCUACUUCAACAAUGUCAUCGUAAAAGGAGACGUUGAUUUUAUUUUUGGCGCUGCGACUGCAAUCUUCAAGAACUCGCAAUUGAUUGGCCGUGGUGACAGGCCACGUACUAGCGGUCUGAUUUUUGCACCAAGCACAGAUCCUAAUAACAAAUAUGGAUUCCUAGUUAUCAAUUCUCUAAUUUCUGCAGACAGCAAUAUCGAACAGCGCCACGGAUUGUCUUUGGCUAGAGCGUGGGAUUCAGGAGUGAGCUCAGGUAGCUAUGUCCCUGGAGUCUCACCUAAUGGACAAUUAGUUAUUCGUGAAUCCUCUAUCGAUGACGGAAUUAAUGUCGAUGCUCCCUAUUCAACCUCAACCAGUGGAAGAGCAUUUAAUACAGACAUAAAUACAAACCGCAAUAUAGAUGACAAUGUACAUAAUCGUUUUUGGGAAUACAAAAACACUGGAACAGGAGCUUAAAACUUAGAAAUAUUUUUUUUAUAUAAAAUAAAGUAUAUAAUCAACGGUA